AUGCAUGAGAUUAUUACUCUCCAGCUCGGCCGGCACAGUAAUUAUGUGGCUACUCACUUCUGGAAUGUCCAAGAAUCCUACUUUACAUAUUCAGAGAAUGAAGAGUCGCCUGUGAACCACGAUAUUCAUUUUAGAGGGGGCAUAGGAGCUGAUGGCACAGAGACCUUCACCCCGCGCACACUCAUAUACGACCUCAAGGGUGGUUUUGGUACUCUACGCAAAUACAAUGCUCUGUAUCAACUUGAAGAAAACCAGCCCGGAUUAGACAGUGCACUCUGGGACACGAGCGGGGUCUUGCAACAACAGCCAAAGAUACCACAAGGUGAAUAUCAGAGAUGUCUGGAUAUGGGGCUCCCAGCCCCUGAGCUGACACCGGAAACUGUCAGAUAUUGGUCCGACUUUAACCGUGUAUUUUACAAUCCGCGAUCUAUCCAGCAGAUAAACGAAUAUGACCUUGGCUCUCAAUUGGUGCCAUUUGAGGACUGGUCCAGGGGGCAGUCUCUAUUCUCUGAGUUGGAUGGAGAGCAUGAUCUAUUGGACCGUGAUCUACGGCCGUUUGCAGAAGAAUGUGACCAGUUAAAGGGAAUUCAAAUUUUCUCCGGGACUGACGAUGCAUGGGGUGGUUUCGCGGCAAGCUAUGUUGACAGGCUAAAGGAUGAGUAUGGAGGCAAGAGUAUCUGGACAUGGGCCAUAAACGGUUCAUCAGACCCCCAAAGAGAGAAGCGAAGGCUUGCCUCCGCAAAUAUGGCAAGGUCUCUGAGUGAAAUGUGUUCUCAAGUCACAGCUUUCAUCCCGAUCGCGGCCCUGCCAACCAGGACGCCACACUAUGUCAGAUCGGACCUGCACCAUAUUUGGUAUUCAUCAGCCUUGAUAUCAUUGGUGUUGGAAAGCGUUAGCCUUCCCGCUCGGCUGCGAGGACGUGAAGCAUUGGACCUGUGGGAAAUGGCUUCCAGCGAUUCGCGGAACAUAUACAGCCUUCAGUCCACCAUCGGCGCAAGCCUGAUCACGGACGAAAGGAAGACAUCGCAGGGCGCACCUAGAACUAUAACGAACCACUGGGACGAUGACGGGUCUCAAGAACAGCCGAAACAAUUUGACAUUCAACUCUCUCCACACGCCCUUGUAGCAAACCAUGACGCGCAGGUGUUUCAGCAGCUGUCAGUUUGGCGGGACUCCAUGACCGACACAUCUGAUUCCCCAGCGGCUUCAAAACACACAGGGCCAUCCAUGAACACGAGAAGCGUCGAUUCAUCGCUCGAAUACCCAAUACUCGACUCCUUCCCCCGCGACCUGGUGAGUGACCAGGGGCCGCCAGGGUCAACACUCAAAGUUCAUGCGGCGCUAUCUGUAUCCUCACAAGCGGGCGGGUAUCUCAAGGACCUGCAGCGGUCGGUGGGGAUCCAUGUUCCGUUCGACCAGCGAGAAGAAUUAUCAAAUAGCCUCACCACACUAUCAGAGGCUUAUAUCGACGGGUGGCGGAGCGACUCUGAUUCUGGCGACGAUUAA